AUGGCCGCCUCGUCGGAUGCCCGCAAGCUCCUCUCGGCGAUGCUCGCCACGGUCGAAGACGCCAUCGUUCCGCUCACUCGGCAGGGUGUCUCGUCCGGCUGCAAGCUCUUCGGUGCCGCAAUCCUUGCCCGCGCAGAUCUUCGACUGCUCAGCGUGGCGACCAACAAUGAACGGGUCUCGCCGCUUCUCCACGGCGAAAUCAACUGCAUCCAACAGUUCUUCACCGUCGACUUUCCGGACGCCGCAAGCCGUCCGGAUCCGAGCAAGGACUGCAUCUUCUUCGCCACGCACGAGCCAUGCAGCCUGUGUCUGAGCGGCAUCGCCUGGUCCGGCUUCGGCGAGUUCUACUACCUCUUCAGCUAUGAAGACAGCAGGGACCUCUUCUCGAUCCCGUACGACAUCGACAUCCUGCAGGAGGUCUUUCGCGUUCGGGGCGAAGAGACGGACGAGCAGCUGAGCGGGCGGGCCCUGUACAACAAGACGAACAAGUUUUUUAGUGGCCGGUCCAUGGCGGACGUUGUGGCAGGCCUCGAGGACGAAGCUGAGAGGACGAAGUGGACGGCGGAGAUUCAGAGAGUCAAGGGUAUCUACAAAGAGUUGAGCGAGAGGUAUCAGGAAGGGAAGAGGCUAGGUGCGGAAACGUCAAGCGUGUGGAAGUAA